GUUUGAUUAAGAAUUGCAAAUAGCAAUAUAAUAAAACGAUCGACACGAAAUAAACAGAAUAAUACGGCCUUUGCCAGAAGUGAGACGAUGAUGUGACGGUGUCUGUGCUUGUGGGUUUUUAAAAGGGGGGGUUAUUAUUCUUGACUAAACAGACCACUCCCCUGCGCCUUAUCCCUCCCCCCUGCACAAUGGCUGUGGUCUGCGGCGCUGGGAAGAGAAGAUUAGCCUGUUGCAGAUCGGAUAAUUGAACUGGAUUUUAAAUCCUUUUUAAGAAGAAAACAUAAGAAAUUGAUCUUGGCAAUGAUGAUGGAUCAGUCUUCGUCCAGCUGCAGCAGCACCAGUCACUGCCUCCCCAGGCUGCCCAGUAAGACCAGUAUGAGUAGCAGGCUGGUGCAUGUGGAUUUCCCUGAGGUGCCGGUGUCAUUGCUCGAGAGUCUAAACCAGCAGAGGCUGGAGGGGCAGCUGUGUGAUCUGAGCAUCCAAGUGCAGGGCCAGGAGUUCAGGGCUCACCGCUGUGUGCUGGCAGCCUCCUCGCCGUACUUCCACGACCAGGUCCUCUUGAAGAACGUCUCGUCGGUGGUCCUCCCCUCUGUCAUGGACCCCUUGGCCUUUGAGAGUGUGCUGGGCUCCGCCUACACGGGCAGACUGAGUAUGGUCAGGGACGAGCUCAUCAACUAUGUGACGGUGGGCAGCUUCCUGCAGAUGUGGCACGUGGUGGACAAGUGUACGGAGCUGCUGAGGGAGGGCAGGGGACUCCUGCAGAGCAGCCAGCCCCCCAGCAACGAGCAGCAGUCCCCCAGCAGCACCAACUACUGCAGCCCACCAGAGGGCGCUGGCGAAGCAGCCAACCAACAGCAACAGGGCCACCUCUACAGCAGCAGCAGCACCGGUCACCCCAGUAAGUACUGCCGGGGUGACGCGAGGGAGGCUGGCCAUUCGCCCCCCCAGGACAGUGAUGAACACGUAGGUUCCCCCCCGUCCUCCGAUCAGCAGAGGUGGCUGGUGGGAAGGCUGAGCAGUAGUAUUCGCAGCCUUGCCCUCCCACUUCAGCGCUCCCAGUAUCCCCAGCCAUCUGGUUUUGACUCCGCCAGCUACGCGGACGAGCUGUCCCUGACCAGCAGCAGUGGCAGUAACCCCCGAUCCAGGCCACGCCUCGACCCGAACGUGGGCUUCACUAACCUGCGUGCCACCGGCCUGGCUGCAGGACUCGGGGGUAAGCGCAGCCGCAGCAAGAGUGCGAGGACCAGGUACCGCUGCCCAGAGCCCCUCCCCUCGCUGUCUGCCAGGCUGGGAGGCAGAGGCAGGGGGAGGAGAGGCAAGGCCCCCAGCUCACAGGAGGGGAGCGAGCUGCUGCUGACCUGUGAGGAGGACGGAGGCGGGAUGGAGAGACACAGGGGGGAAGAGGACGGGGGUGGGAUGCUCCACCGUGAUAAGGGGAGGGGUGAUGAUGGUGUUGAAGUUGGUCAGAGUCGCAGUGACUUGCUGGGAGAGAUGAUGCUGAGAGAGGCCGAGGAGAUGAUGGCCCGCCAUGGACACCAGACCAGGGGGUGGAGUGAGACGCAGACCCAGCAGAUGGGAGCCGGAGCCGGGGUGCAUGCAGGUCUCGAGCAGCCAUCCAGUUUUGCUAGGGAAGAGCCAGAGGAAUCUGAACUGGAUGAAAGUCAAUCCUUCCCUUACCAGAGCCAAUACCAGCGUAGCAGGAUCCGACACUCGGAGAACCCCCUGGGUCUCCAUGUAAGUCCCUAUGAGCCUGGCCUGCACCCCAGCAGCAGCAGCACCCCUCCCCAUCCCUCCUCCCCCAGCCCCGGCCCUGCUGACCAGGUGCCUUUCUGCGAGUCCUCCCAGGACUUUGUCUCCACGUACGAUGAAAUCGAGGAGGGGACAGGGCAGGUGUCCCAGCGCCCGCUCCUUGCCCCUCCCCCCUCCUCGGGGGAGCAGCAGCAGCAGGAGGGGGGCGGGUUCCCUGGCAUGGCCGGCACCCCACCGCUCGCUGGUGCCCCCUACACCGGCAAGGUGCACAUGUGCCACUGCGGCAAGGCCUACACCCUAAAGAGCAUGCGGGACCGGCACGUGAAGAUGCAGCACCUGAACCUGCGGCCCUUUGCCUGUCCCGUCUGCGCCAAAACCUUCAAGAUGAAGCAUCACCUCACCAAGCACCUGAAGACCCACGCUGGCCUGCAACCCUUCGAGUGCCAGCUCUGCGGCAAGAAGCUUAUGUGGAGGGACAGCUUCCUGCGGCACCGCAGCCACUGCGAGAGGCUGGCUGCGGAGGAGAUUGCAGCCAGCACAGCCGGAGUGAAGGAGGAGGAGGAGGAGGAGGAGGAGGGUGACCAGGGGGGACUGGGAUACCUGUUGAAGGAGAAGGAGAAGGAGGAGGAUGAGAAGGAGGAGGGGAGUGGAGGGGGGAGCUUCAGACAGCGAGACUCUUUUGCUUGAGUCAGCCUCCAGUUUUAUUUAUUUAUUAUUUUAAUAUUAACAAAAUGGUGUUUUUAUGCUGCUCAGGAUGGAGGGAGGGGGGCUGCAUCGGUUCAGCUUCAAGGAGGAUUGUUUGUUGUGAACGUGUCACAGGAACUGACGUUUUGAAACUCAGUUUAACACUGAAGACACUGAGAAACACUUCCGGUUUGAAGCCUUCAUCGUUGGAUUUC